ACAAGCGAGAGGAAGGAGGGGGAUACAGAGAGGACUUUGGUAGAUGAGAGGGAAAGAGGGAUGGACGUGUGAAGGGAAAAGAGCAGACUGGAUGGAAAAAUAAGCGUAAAUGAAGGAGUGGCUGCCAGUGGACAGAGCUCAGCCCCUCUUUGGCUCCUGGAGGAAAUAAUCACAGUCAGACGAGACUGACAUGAUGUGGACAACAACUGUCCUCCUGCUGCUUCUGCCUCAUCUGCUCUCCUCCACAGAUACAGGAAACAGCACCAAGUUUAACCAAUCAGAAAUACUUGGUGAGGACUUCUCUGACACUCCUGUCAAAGGCCAGAAACCUCUCGGAGGGGUCAAAGGUCGGGACACAUGUUCCAUCCCGUGUGACAUCACUGUCAAGCUGCUACGAGAUGAGAAACAUUCAGUUUGUGGCCAGUUACAGCAGUCUCUGUUGGCGUUUGGACGCAGCACCCGGAAGCUGAUGAGGGAUGUGAUGGAGGAGCAGCAGAGAGCCCUGGACAUCCUCAGCAGUCAGGUCACAGAGCUGAUGAUUAAAGUGCAGGCGCUCAGCUCCGAGGUUCAGAGAAGCAACACCGAGAUGUACUCUGUGAAACCUGUGCAGUCCCAUGGACGAGACUGCAGCGACAUAAAGGACAGCCUUGUGUCAGUUGUCCCCAAGAUCCCCAGCGGUAUUUACAUCGUCCACCCUGAGAAUACUGACUCUUCAUUUGAGGUUUUCUGUGAGAUGGACUACAUGGGAGGUGGAUGGACGGUGAUGCAGAGGAGGAUUGAUGGAUUGACUGACUUCAAACGAUCCUGGGCUGACUAUGCUGAUGGAUUUGGAAACCUUGCAGGAGAGCACUGGUUGGGCCUGAAGAAGGUAUUUCACAUAGUGAGCCAGAAAGAUACUCGCUUCCAACUUCAUAUUGCUCUGGUCUCCCAUGAUGACAUCACCUCUUAUGCAUCAUAUGAUGAUUUCCACCUGGACAGUGAAACCCAGUUCUUCAGUAUACACCUGGGUCGAUAUGCAGGCAGUGCAGGUGAUGCAUUUCGCGGCUAUGAGCAGGAGCAGAACCAGGACACGGCUCCGUUCAGCACCUCAGAUGUAGACAAUGAUGGCUGCAAUCCCUCCUGCUCCAUCUGCAACCGCAAGGUGGAGAGCUGCAGCACUCAGUACAACCACACGGGAUGGUGGUUCAACCAGUGCGGCCUGGCAAACCUCAACGGCUCCCCUGAAGACCUAGAGCAGAACUAUGGACAGAGGACACACAUCCUGUGGGACACCUGGAGACAGAAUGGGGUCCCUCACACCAUCAAAUCUGUCACGAUGAAGAUCAGGAGGAUUGCAACCAAUAACUGACAGAGAAAGGAGAAGAGCACAAAGUCAUUACUGUAUAAGUUGUACUGCAUCUUUGUACAACCUGAGGUUUUAAUAAAACAAGAUAGAAGUUU